AUGUCAAAGGGAAAGGUCUGUUUAGCUUACUCUGGUGGUUUAGAUACCUCAGUCAUCUUAGCUUGGUUAUUGGAAGAAGGUUAUGAAGUGAUCGCUUUCUUAGCCAACAUUGGUCAAGAAGAAGAUUUCGAAGCUGCUGAAAAGAAGGCUUACGCUAUUGGUGCUACCAAGUUCGUUGUCGUUGAUGUCAGAAAGGAAUUUGUUGAACAAGUUUGUUUCCCAGCCAUCCAAACCAACGCUAUCUACGAAAACGUGUACUUGUUGGGUACUUCGUUGGCUAGACCAGUCAUUGCUCAAGCCCAAAUCAAGGUUGCUGAAGAAUACGGAUGUUUCGCUGUUUCUCACGGUUGUACUGGUAAGGGUAACGAUCAAGUUAGAUUCGAAUUAUCCUUCUACGCCUUGAAGCCAGACGUUAAGGUAAUUGCUCCAUGGAGAGACCCUGAAUUCUUCAACAGAUUUGCUGGAAGAAAGGAUCUUUUGGAUUACGCUGCCUCCAAGAACAUUGAAGUCACUCAAACCAAGGCCAAGCCAUGGUCCACCGACGAAAACAUGGCCCACAUCUCCUUCGAAGCCGGUAUCUUGGAAGACCCAGACACCACUCCACCAAAAGAUAUGUGGAAGUUGACUGUCGACCCACAAGACGCUCCAAACACCCCAGAAAACUUCUCUGUUGUCUUUGAAAAGGGUUUGCCAGUCAAGUUAAUUCUUGACGGCGGUAAGAAGACCAUCACUGACCCAGUUGAACUCUUCAUUGAAGCCAACGCUUUAGCCAGAAGAAACGGUGUCGGUAGAAUCGAUAUUGUUGAAAACAGAUUCAUCGGUAUCAAGUCCAGAGGAUGUUACGAAACCCCAGGUUUAACCAUCUUGAGAUCUACCCACAUUGAUUUGGAAGGUUUAACUUUAGAUCGUGAAGUUAGAGCCAUCAGAGAUCAAUUCGUUACCACCACUUACUCCAAGUUAUUGUACAACGGUAUGUACUUCACCCCAGAGUGUGAAUACGUCAGAUCUAUGAUCGACCCAUCUCAAAAGACUGUUAACGGUGUCGUUAGAGCCAGCUGUUACAAGGGAUCUUUAACCAUUUUGGGUAGAUCCUCUGACACUGAAAAGUUAUACGAUGAAACCGAAUCCUCUAUGGAUGAAUUGACCGGAUUCUCACCAGAAGACACCUCAGGAUUCAUUGCAGUUCAAUCCAUCAGAAUCAAGAAGUAUGGUGAAGCUGUUAGAGAAAAGGGUUCCAAGUUGUCAUUGUAG